AUGCGAGUCAUCGGUACUGUUAUCGAAAUUUCUGAUCCUGAUAGGUAUCACCUCCGUCAGGUCGUGGUUCUUUUUCAUCGAUUGAUUAGUGGAAAGUGGUGUUGGAACCUCGCAAACAUUCGCCAUGUCUCAAUCAUCGACUGGCGCCCCCCCCAGGCCAACUCAGUCAAGGUCAGCUACACUCACGCCUCAAAGGACUGCGCCUUCAUCGACAACGACCCGAGCAAGCCCAUCAUCAUCAACGGCAUUUCAGAGCUCGAGGGCCAGGACUUGUGCUCUGCACGGUUUAUCGUCAGGAGAUCGUCAAACUUUGACUCCUUCAUUGGAAUUCAGCUCGGUUUCCACUUGAGCACAGAUCUCAACGAGCAAAGCGGCUUUGGCAUUUGUCAACAUGUUGACAUGAACAAAAGGAGCGGUGCCGUUGUGCCGACCAAUAGGCACGUCAUCGUUAUCAAGUUCCUUCGCGGUCACUUCACCUAUACUGUCCAGCCUUCGAUGUCUGAGGACCUAGCUCGCUUCCCAGGCUCGACAGCUUCAAAGCUCUGCCAGGUAUCCGUUCAGUUCACAGACAACGCCCAGGCCACGAUCCAUGGUACGGCGUGCCUUUCACCGACGUUUCGAACACCACGGUCGAGGACCAGGUUUUCCUUUACCGUCGCUACUGCCGUCAACGAUGUCCAGGCCAUGAUGAACAUUGACAAGCUGCCACCGCCGUUCGAAUACCCCUAUGGCACCGACCACGAGUGGAACCAAGAACGCUACGAAGAACAAGCCCGCGAUCUCAAAGGAGAAAAAGCGUACAUCUCAAGCCGGUUUUUCAAAGACGACAACAGUCACCUCACGGCGAUGACACAGUCUGUCGUCCAAGACGUUAUCUGGCUCGCCCAAGCCGCCGAGGAGAUCAGUCGAACUCCUGGCCCGGUCUAUUUUGUCCCCUUCAACCUAUCUGUUGAACCCGCCGAUGAGGUCAAGUUUUACAUCAUCGUACCGCUUACUCAAGAAUUCCGGGAUGCAUAUGCCUCUGCCUGGCGCCGCCUCGCCAGGAACCUUAAGCUUCAAGUUUUCCUCUUCAGGCAUACGGACGACAAAGAUCCCGCUACCUGGGACUGCGAAAUCAUUGUAGCACCGCAGAGAAUUAACAUUCUGAAAGAUCAUCCGACGGCCUUGCACGAGGUGGUCCUCAAGACGCGCCGACCCGGCAGCAGUGAGAAGCGUGGCGACGACUAUAACAUCAACACAUUUGCUGGCCGCUUGCAAGCCGAUGUUGCUUUGAAGGAAGGAGCUGAGAACUAG